CAGACAUUGUCCUGCGAUCUCACAACGUCCACCCUAGAUCUGUACCACAGCUCUGGCUACCGGGCCAGAGUCCGGGCAGUGGACAACAGUCAGUAUUCCAACUGGACCAUCACUGAAACUCGCUUCACAGUGGAUGAAGAAUAUAACCAAGACAGUGGAGCAAGAAAACUUCACCCUCGAAGUCCCAAAAGGGAUGAGAAAGUUUUGUGUCAAGGUGAUGCCUCACGUGGAAUCCCGAAUUAACAAGGCAGAGUGGUCGGAGGAGCAGUGUUUACAUGUCACGACGGAGCAUUAUUUCACCGUGACCAACCUCAGCAUUUUCUUCUUAUCCAUCCUGAUACUCUGUGGAGCCCUGGUCUGCCUGGUUCUCCUGUGGUACAUCCGGCACCCGGGGAAGUUACCUGCAGUCCUGGUCUUCGAGAAGCCUCCCGACUUUCUGCUGGCCAACCCUCGCUGCCCAGAGACUCUCGAUGACAUUCACAUCCUGGACCUGGAGGCCUUCCCAAAGGUGUCACCCGAGCUGAAAGACUCAGACCUGCAUGGCAGCACCGACAGUGGCUUUGGCAGUGGCAAACCAUCACUUCAGACGGAAGAAUCCCAAUUCUUCCUCCUUGACUCCCACGCCCAGAUACAGGAGACUCUGGGAAAGGAAGGGUCUUCAGAGCUACAGGACACCUGUGGGGACAACACGGACAGUGGGAUCUGCUUGCAGGAGUCCAGCUUACACUCUAGCAUGGGUCCUCCCUGGAAGCAGCAGUUCGGAUAUACCCACCAGGACCAGGAUGACAGUGACCUAGUCCAGAACUCUCCAGGGCAUCCUAAGCACACACAGGAUGGCUCCGCCUUGGGCCAUGGUUGUCUCCUAGAGCCUGAAGUCCCUGAGGAGAAAGACCAAGUCAUGGUAACGUUCCAGGGCUACCAGAAGCAGACCAGAUGGAAGGAGGAAGCAGCAGAACCUUUGGACGGAGAGAUUCCCUUGGCAGAAGCCUUUGAUCCUGAACUCGGGGUGCGCCUGCAGGGUGAUUCAGCUUGGCCUCCUGUGGCUCUAGCCACGGGUUAUUUGAAACAGGAGUCUCAAGGGAUGGCCUCUGCUCCACCGGGGACACCAAGUAGACAGUGGAAUCAACUGGCUGAGGAAUGCUCACUCCUGGGUGUGGUUAGCUGUGAAGACCUAAGCAUAGAGAGUUUGGGUUUUGCCCAUGAACUUGUCCCUCUGGACUGUGGGGCAGCCUCUAGUGGCCUCCUGGAUAGCCUUGGCACUAAUCUGGUCACCCUGCCAUUGAUCUCCAGCCUGCAGAUAGAAGAGUGACAGGGGAUAAGGUUUCUUUGUAUUUUGGCCAUGCCUGCUCCCCUCCCUAUACCUGGGAGGCUCAGGAGUCAAAGAAAUAUGUGGUGGGUCCUUUUCUUCAGACCCACUGUGGCUGGCUAGCCAGGCUCCACAGGGCAGGAAAAGGCCUUCCUGCUGUGCAAGUGUCCGGUACAUGAGAGGUUGUGGCUAGUCUGCUGUAGACACCAGCAGAGCUGAGAAGGGUUGGCAGAGACCUCCUCAAGCCUAAGGGCUGGGUCCUGCCCUGGAAGGACCAGUGUUUGGGUGGAACCCUGCGGCUUUCUGGAUGUGGUAAGUCUGCAGGUCUGAAGUCAGAUGAGCAUGGAUGAACUGCAGAGGUGUUGAAGUGGCAAGCAGAGUAAAGGGGGGCUCAAGAGAUAAGGGGCAGGGUAGGAGCCAGGUUUAAUUUUGUCAUGUAGAGAGAUGCUCCCCGGCUAGGACGAGUUACUUGUCACUGGGAGAUCUCGGGGUAUACACCACCCUGAAUGAUCAGCCAGUCAAUGAAGAACUGUGUGGGGGGAAGGACUGAGACCCAGAAUUUCUGUUCCUCUUGUGAGGCGUCUCUGCUAGCCAUCUGCAGACAUCUUCAUCGUUUUUAAUAUGGCUGUGUCCCCUGAGUUACCCGCAGUGUGGCCAAGCCAUUACUUGAUACUCACUCUUGUGAUGUCAGGCCAGACAAAAUGAUGGUUGUCUGUUAGCACACUACCCUUUAGGUGGCCUUUGGGCUUGGGAACUGACCCAAGCUUAGGACUUAUGUCUGCUUUUGCUGCUAAUUUCUAACUACAGACCCAGAGAACAGGGUGCUGGGCACACCUUUCUGUUCAGCUGUGUGACCUCGGGCUAGCAGCUUCCUCAGGGGACUAAAAUAAGGACUAGAUCAUUCAGAAGUCCCUCACGCUGAAUGUUAACCAUGUUGGCCUUGGGGUGAUAUUUUAGGUCUGCCAACCUCUGGGCUGAAAGGAAGUAGACUACGGAAACCAUCUGCCCAUGGGCAGCUUCUUCCUCUUGCCAGUGUUUCAGAAACCUUCUGGGAGCCUAGGGCCUCGUGCCAAGAUAGCUGCUAUUCACUGAGGUCCAGGGCUGGUCCCUGACUCACUGUACUGCAUUUGAGACCUGUCUUCAAACAGAAGCAGUUUGCAGUCACCAAGCAAGGAUGCUGAGAGAAACAACAGGGCCGCUGAUCCCCGAGCCCAGAGUUUCUCUGAAACUUUCCAGAUAUAGACUGUAUGACACGGUGAAGCCAGCCGUGAACUUUGGCAUCCUGUCAAGAUGCUCAUGAUGCUAGUCUGGUUCCAGAGCUCCUUCUGGAACUGGGAGAGCGCUCUGAGAUCCCCUCAGAACCUUUAUUUAUUUAUUUGCUCAUUUAUUUAUUGAGGAGGCAGCGUGGCACAGGCACAGGGCUCUGGGUCUCUCAGGAGGUCUAGUUUUGCUUGCACCGUUUCUAGCUGUGUGACCUUGGGCAAGUCACGUUUCCUUGUGCAGCCUCCGUUUUCCCCAUCUGUAUGUAAAACUUGAAAAUUGAAAUAUACCCGACGUGCCCAAUCCCUUGGAGUGUUGAGUCCCACUGAGGAAGUGGACACGAACUUGUCUCAAACGGAACGAGUGGUGUGUGUGUGUGUGUGUGUGUGUGUGUAUUCAUCCCAAUAAAAAGUCAGGUGUCUUGUGGAA